AAAACUAUACUCUCCAUCCACAGGCGGGCCUUUGUUUCUUUAUGGUUAUGCAAGGCUCAAUGGCAAUAUUAUUGCAUAGCUUUGUGGGAAUUUUGUGCUUAGCACUAGCUACUGUAGUUGCAACAAUGGCAGUGCCAAAGCAGCAAGAGCUAGAUCGAAUCUCAGCACUACCGGGACAACCACCAGUGUCUUUCUCGCAGUUUUCUGGUUAUGUGACGGUCAACGAGCAUCAUGGCCGAGCUCUCUUUUACUGGUUGACUGAAGCUGCUACUGUUUCUCCUCACAACAAACCCCUCGUUCUUUGGCUCAACGGAGGACCAGGUUGCUCAUCAGUGGCAUAUGGAGCAUCAGAGGAACUUGGCCCAUUUCGGAUUAAUACAACCGGCUCAUCUCUUUAUCUCAACAAGUAUUCAUGGAACAGAGAAGCGAAUAUUCUGUUUCUUGAAUCACCUGCUGGUGUCGGUUUCUCGUAUACAAAUACAAGCAGUGACCUUGAAGAUUCUGGGGACAAAAGAACAGCUCAGGAUGCUCUAAUAUUUCUACUUAAGUGGCUGUCAAGGUUUCCUCAAUACAAAUACAGAGAAUUCUACAUUGCUGGGGAGAGCUAUGCAGGCCAUUAUGUUCCUCAGUUGGCUAGGGAAAUUGUCACUUACAACCAAGGGAAUUCCCAUUCCAUCAUUAAUCUCAAGGGGUUUAUUGUGGGUAACGCUGUAACAGAUAAUUACUAUGAUAGCCUUGGAACUGUCACGUUUUGGUGGAGCCAUGCCAUGAUAUCGGAUCAAACGUACCGAUCAAUCCUCAACCAUUGCAAUUUCACAGCAGAAAGAGCAUCACAGCAAUGCGAUGCUGCUGUAAAUUAUGCCAUGAACCAUGAUUUUGGAGAUAUUGAUCAGUACAGCAUUUAUACACCAUUUUGCUUGACAAUGCUCAACAACACCAACAGGCAUCUGAGGCUCAAAAACACUCUUCUUCGCCGGCGUGUUUCCGGGUACGAUCCAUGCACUGAGAAUUAUGCAGAGAAAUACUAUAACCGUCCGGAUGUGCAGAAGGCAAUGCAUGCAAACAUUACUCGAAUUCCUUACAAGUGGACUGCUUGCAGUGAUGUUCUUAUCAAGAAUUGGAAGGAUUCUGAAGAUUCCAUGCUGCCAACAUACAAGCAGCUUAUUAAAGCUGGUCUGAAAAUCUGGGUUUUCAGUGGGGACACAGAUUCAGUCGUUCCAGUGACUGCCACACGGUUUGCCCUCAAUCAUCUCAACCUUACUAUCAAAACUCCGUGGUAUCCUUGGUACACCGGAGGCCAGGUAGGAGGAUGGACAGAAGCGUACGAUGGCUUGACCUUUGCAACUGUACGAGGAGCCGGACAUGAGGUUCCCCUGUUUCAGCCUAACAGAGCUUUCAUUAUUUUCAAAUCAUUUUUAGCAGGAAAAAAGUUGCCAAAACGUAACUGACAACUUAACCAGAAAUAUACAUGCACAUAUAUUUGCCAAGUUCCCACAACACAAACAAAUCAAGGGUGAUGAUCAGGGGGCAGCUAGAUUAGGAAGCAUUCAUUCAAAUUAGGGAGCAUUCGUAUUUUGAUGGCACUGUAAUUUAUUUAACAUCAUGAUAUUUUGAACAUGCUGCUGUUAUAUUACUUCUAAGUUCUACACUGCAAAGCAAAAUAAAAUCGAAGUUAUUUUUUGGACAGC